CUUCUAAAGCUUUCCAAAAGAUCUAUGAAUUCGUGAUAGCUUCAAAUUUCGACCCUCAAGUUCCAAUUCCUCUUUCCUUGACCUAAAAUCCUACUCUUCAAGGACUCUCAGGUAUUACUUGGAUAAACUUCAAAAUGUUACAAGCCACUGCUAUCCGAAGCGUCAAGUCCCUUCUCCCUCUCCUGGAUCGUGUCCUGAUCCAGCGAGCCAAGGCCGAGACCAAGACUGCCAGCGGUAUCAUCCUACCUGAUUCGAGUGUGAAGGAACUCAACGAGGGCGUAGUCGUGGCUGUGGGUCCCGGUGCGUUGAACAAGGACGGUGCACGUCUACCUAUGGGUGUAACGACGGGAGACCGAGUAUUGAUCCCUCAAUUUGGAGGCACCCCUCUAAAGGCUGGUGACAAGGAGCUCUAUCUCUUCCGGGAAAGCGAGAUUCUCGCCAAAAUCAACGAAUAAAAAUCAUACCGAUAUUUAUGAUUCACGACCGACGGUGUACAAUACUACCCAUGUAAAACAAAGAGGCAUAUGAAAAGAGUUCAGGUCAAAAAUUGCAUAGCGCAAUGAAUACUUGACGAUUGGAGGGUGGUAAAACGUCAAUAGCUAGCUAUAUAGCAGUCCUUAGACGUAGCCUCAUGGUGUUGAGGUGUAAUUGAUCUCCACUCUUCCCUCCAAGAA